UAGCUCCAGUGUCAGAGUGAAGCGUCAGGAGGAAGCACACUACUCUGUUUUAUUGUUUUGCACCUUUAUUAUUAUUUUUUAUUUAAAUAUAAGCAGAGGUGGAGUUAUGUUAGUGUGGGUCUUCGUGGUUUAGGGUUGUAGGUGUGUAUAUAUGUAUAUUUGUUUAGAUAAUAGCGUUUCAGUUGAAGUUUUUAUUCGAAAUCCAGUCCCUCUGACGCUGCUGUAGAUCUCUGAGCGCUUUAUUUCUACAUUUAUAUCGAGAAAAGGAAACAUGAGCGCUGGCAUGGCGAAGGCGGUGAAGCCUUCCUCACACGUCGACCCCAAGUCUGCUCCUCUGAAGGAGAUCCCAGACAUCCUGGUGGAUCCGCGGACCAUGAAGCGCUACAUGAGGGGACGCUUCCUGGGCAAGGGCGGCUUCGCCAAGUGCUACGAGAUCACCGACAUGGACACGAAGGAGGUGUUCGCCGGGAAAGUGGUGCCCAAGUCGCUGCUGAUGAAGCCGCACCAGAAGGAGAAGAUGAGCACGGAGAUCGCCAUCCACAAGAGCCUGGACAACCCGCACGUCGUGGGCUUCCACGGCUUCUUCGAGGACGACGACUUCGUGUUCGUGGUGCUGGAGAUCUGCAGGAGAAGGUCUCUUCUGGAGCUUCACAAGCGCAGGAAGGCCGUGACGGAGCCCGAGGCCAGAUACUUCAUGCGGCAGACCAUCCAGGGUGUCCACUACCUCCACAGCAACAGAGUCAUCCACCGUGACCUCAAACUGGGCAACCUGUUCCUGAACGAUGACAUGGAGGUCAAGAUUGGUGACUUCGGUUUGGCCACCAAGAUCGAGUUUGAUGGCGAGAGGAAGAAGACGCUGUGCGGAACGCCCAACUACAUCGCCCCCGAGGUGCUGUGCAAGAAGGGUCACAGUUUCGAGGUGGACGUCUGGUCACUGGGCUGCAUUCUGUACACGCUGCUGGUGGGGAAGCCGCCGUUCGAGACGUCGUGUCUGAAGGAGACGUACGUUCGCAUCAAAAAGAACGAGUACACCAUCCCCAGGCACAUUAACCCCGUGGCUACGGCACUAAUCAGGCGGAUGCUGCACGCUGACCCCACGCUCCGCCCCUCCGUCGCCGACCUGCUCUCAGAUGAGUUCUUCACAUCGGGUUAUGUUCCACUGAGACUCCCAACGUCCUGUCUCACUGUCCCUCCCAGGUUCUCCAUCGCCCCCUCCAGCCUGGAGGCCGGCCUGCACCGCAAACCCCUCUCUGCUUUUAAUAAAGAAACUGACAGUCCCAUUGAGAAAAUGGGGAAGGUGGAACAGCCGCUGAAAGAUGAGCCCCUGCAAAGAGACGGAUCCGAACAGCCAGACUGCCACCUGGCCGACAUGCUGCAGCAGCUGACCAGCCUGAACGCAGCCAGACCGUCUGCGCGAGAGUUCGUACGGCAAGAGGAAGCGGAGGACCCAGCCUGCAUCCCCAUCUUCUGGAUCAGCAAAUGGGUUGAUUACUCUGAUAAAUAUGGCCUAGGGUAUCAGCUGUGUGAUAACAGUGUGGGAGUUUUGUUCAACGACUCCACCCGUUUGAUCAUGUACGAUGACGGAGACAGCCUGCAGUACAUCGACCGCGUUGGGGCGGAGUCUUACCUCAACGUGCGCUCCUACCCCGCUGCUCUCACCAAGAAGAUCACUCUGCUGAAGUAUUUCAGGAACUACAUGAGCGAGCACUUGUUGAAGGCGGGUGCUAACAUCACGCCGCGUGACGGAGACGAGCUCACACGCCUGCCCUACCUGCGCCACUGGUUCCGCACGAAGAGCGCCAUCGUGCUCCACCUGAGCAACGGCACCAUGCAGAUCAACUUCUUCCAGGACCACACCAAGCUAAUCCUGUGUCCCCUGAUGGGUGCCGUGACGUACAUCAACGAGCGCCGUGACUUCUGUACCUAUAAGAUGAGUCUGAUCGAGGAGUACGGCUGCUGUAAGGAACUGGCCUCGCGCCUGCGCUACGCCCACACCAUGGUGGAGAAACUCCUGGCCUCUAAAAGCACCACCACGUCGUCCGGCCGCUAGUCCACCAUCGCACCGUGUGGUCAGACACUCGGUCAGGAACUCUCAUGUGACUGAACCCUCCAAACUGUACACUUUCCUCUGUCUCUCUCCUUUUUUUUUUAAACUCCUGAGGAGAGAAAGCUCAAUGUGAACAUCAUCUUCCUCGUCUGCUGUAUCAUGUAAAUUCUUCUCUCUUCGCUCUGUUUAAAUGUGGUGUUUUUUUCUUUCUGUAUUUUCUAAAAAGCUGUUUCCCUUUCGUCUGUCUGUUUUUAUAAAAGCUUUUAUGGCUUUAUGCUUUAAAUGGAAUUGUAUGAAACUUGAGUAUUCAAUUUAAUAAAAGCUCAUUUUUGGUGAAA